CCUUCAUAGAAACUCGGGCAGGAAGGCGGGCUGGUCACUCGGCCGCCGGGGCGAGGACGGCGAGGCUGCUCUCUGGAGAGGCAGCCGAAGGGACCCCGGAGCCACAGGAGCGGAGCAGGGAAGAGGACCAGCCAGCCAGCCCCUGGACCCAGCCCUGCCGCCCUCCUCCAUGCCUUGAGCGGCCCAGGGCUCUGGAGCCAGGACGCAGCAGACUGAGGAGGCGGUGUGGAAGAAAAUGUCAGUCAGCAUGCAUGAAAAUCGCAAGUCUAGAGCCAGCACUGGCUCCAUAAACAUAUAUUUAUUCCACAAAUCUUCCUAUGCUGAUAGUGUCCUCACUCACCUCAACCUUCUGCGUCAGCAACGCCUUUUUACUGAUGUGCUUCUCCAUGCUGGGAACAAGUCAUUCCCUUGCCACAGAGCUGUUUUAGCUGCUUGCAGCCGCUACUUUGAAGCCAUGUUCAGUGGAGGACUCAAAGAGAGCCAAGCCAGUGAAGUGAACUUCCAUAAUUCCAUACACCCAGAGGUUCUAGAACUUCUCCUUGACUAUGCUUACUCCUCAAGGGUCAUCAUCAAUGAAGAAAAUGCAGAGUCUCUUCUAGAGGCAGGUGACAUGUUGGAGUUCCAAGAUAUUAGAGAUGCUUGUGCAGAAUUCUUAGAGAAGAACCUUCAUCCUACUAACUGCCUUGGCAUGCUGCUUCUAUCAGAUGCUCAUCAGUGUACCAAACUCUAUGAGCUCUCUUGGAGGAUGUGCCUUAGCAACUUUCAGACCAUCAGUAAAAGCGAAGACUUUCUUCAGCUCCCCAAAGACAUGGUUGUACAGCUCCUGUCUAGUGAAGAAUUGGAGACUGAAGAUGAGCGGUUAGUUUAUGAGUCAGCUAUGAACUGGAUUAAUUAUGAUUUGAAUAAGCGCCAUUGUUAUUUACCAGAACUGUUGCAGACAGUGAGACUUGCACUUCUGCCUGCCAUCUAUCUUAUGGAGAAUGUAGCUACCGAGGAGCUCAUUACCAAGCACAGAAAGAGCAAAGACAUUGUAGAAGAAGCAAUCCGGUGCAAGUUGAAGAUUUUGCAGAAUGAUGGCGUAGUCACCAGUUUGUGUGCAAGGCCUCGGAAAACUGGCCAUGCUCUAUUUCUUUUGGGAGGGCAAACUUUUAUGUGUGACAAGUUGUAUUUGGUUGACCAAAAAGCAAAGGAGAUCAUUCCAAAAGCUGACAUUCCAAGCCCAAGGAAAGAGUUCAGUGCUUGUGCUAUUGGCUGUAAAGUCUAUAUUACUGGUGGCCGAGGUUCUGAAAAUGGCGUCUCUAAAGAUGUUUGGGUGUAUGAUACGCUUCAUGAAGAGUGGUCCAAGGCUGCUCCCAUGCUAGUUGCACGAUUUGGCCAUGGUUCUGCUGAACUCAAACACUGCCUUUAUGUUGUAGGAGGCCACACGGCAGCCACUGGUUGUCUUCCAGCAUCUCCUUCAGUAUCCUUAAAACAAGUAGAACAGUAUGACCCCGUGACCAACAAAUGGACAAUGGUUGCCCCACUUCGAGAAGGAGUAAGCAAUGCAGCUGUAGUGAGUGCAAAGUUGAAGCUUUUUGCUUUUGGUGGUACCAGUGUCAGCCAUGAUAAGCUACCCAAAGUUCAGUGUUAUGACCUGUGUGAGAACAGGUGGACAGUACCAGCCACAUGCCCCCAGCCAUGGCGAUACACAGCUGCAGCAGUUCUGGGCAACCAGAUUUUUAUUAUGGGUGGAGACACCGAAUUCUCUGCAUGCUCAGCUUAUAAAUUCAACAGUGAAACUUACCAGUGGACUAAAGUGGGAGACGUGACAGCUAAGAGAAUGAGCUGUCAUGCAGUAGCAUCUGGAAACAAGUUAUAUGUCGUCGGGGGAUAUUUUGGCAUCCAGAGAUGCAAGACACUAGAUUGCUAUGACCCUACACUAGAUGUGUGGAACAGCAUAACCACAGUGCCCUACUCACUAAUUCCCACUGCAUUCGUGAGCACAUGGAAGCACCUCCCUUCUUAACUGCAUGUGUGCCUGUACAGUUUAUUCCAUUAUUUGGUCAAGAAGCAUUGGAACCAACUGUGGAGAAGCGGUUUGAAUGAAGAAAAAACCUGUUCUUUUUCUGUUCCUGAGUUUGAAGAAAAUCUUCUGCACCUUCUGAAUACUUAAGGCUGGAAAUGAAGGAAUAGGAGGGGAAUAUUGUCUUCAGUAUAUCAGUAUGUGGUUUAACUGUGAAUGAAUGAGCCCAUGAUCUGGUCCCUGUGCCAGUAAUUGUGGAUUAAUGUCAAGUUUAAUCAGCCUUUUUAAGGAGGGGGAGGUGGGAGGGAGGGUAAACUGAACUUUCCAAAGCUGCACAACACAUUACAAACCUCAGUUUUCAUGGACUGUGUUGUGUGUGGAAUUCGAAAUGCUUGUCACCUCUCUUUGUAACAGUUUGAAGCCUUAACAGCAGCUGCAGAGAGAAGGGGGCAGCAGUCUGGAGCAGCAGCAAGAUGUACUGUAUAUCUUUGUGAAUGAAGAUGCAGCUGUAUCCCUUGCCACAAGGAUGAGCUUGUUUUGCUAGGCAGUGCCUGGAGCAUCCAUCUAAAUUGCCAAGUUGCAAAUGACUUUCUGCUUGCUAAGGAGCAGCAGCUCAACUAUAUUCAAAAUAUUUUUGCAGCAUUUGUGGAUAAAGGGAGAUGACUAUUCCCCUCUACAUUUGAUUUCUUGUAUUUAUUAAUUACAGCUGUCCUACUUCUAAAUUGUUACUUGUUGUAGAUAUAGCUAUUUAUUGUUCAGUGCUUGCAUGCUGAUACAAUGCCUAGAGUUGUCUUCAAGUUCUAAGGGCUUAUGUGGAUUCUACGGUUUAUUUUGCACACUCUGUGAUCUCUUUGACUUGCUCUGCUGCACAAGAAAAAGGCCGAGUAAUAUUGGAGGAGAGAAGAGGAGAAUGAGGCAGAGGUCAGAAAUGGAAGGAUUACAAGGUAGUAUCUUAAAUUACACAUGUACUGCAGGAAGAAGCCGUGGAGGUCACAUUCUCAGGCCACUGACUACCCAGGUUACAUGUGGGGUGGGUUUGCUGAUAGUUAUCCCUGUUACCCUUUUUUGCCUAGUCAUGCCUUUUUGAAUGAACUCAUCUGGAAACAGCCAGCCAACUUUCUUUUUGUGCAAACUCAUAUCGCUACUGGAAAAGGAGGAUGGGGAAAAAUAGCCUGCAGAAUUUAUUUACAUGGAGCUCUUCUCAUGGCAUUAUCCACUAUUUGUUUUAUUUAUUUAUUUAUUUAUCAAGGUAGGAGGUCUCCAUCAUGGUCCCCUUUUUUUGACCAAGUGAAGUCUUUCUCAUUCAAAGAUAAGAAACAAUAUGAAUGGGGGCACACUUGCAGGUUACACUUUCAGAUAUAUAGCUGGAAGGACUUCCCGGAAAUUUCAAAUGCCCCCUUCCUAAUUUAUUUUCUUAAUUUACUCUUACUUUUAAACCUGUUCAUUCCAUUCUUGUUUUUACCCAGGGUUUUUGUGUUUUGUUUUGCCAGACUUUUACUUAUGCUUUAAAUAAAAAUUUAUUAUAGCCCUAACAACAUAAAGCUGCCAGUCCUCCAUUGUGGUUGGUUGUCUUGUGUAAUGUUGUAGAAGCAAAAUGGUUUUCAAUUGCAUGCAUGCAUGUCUAAAAGGAGUUAUAAAAUAAUGCCUGCCUACAUGAUGGUGAUGUAACUAAACUCUUGAUGGCUUUUUAUCAUAUAGAACAAGUUUUUAACAGAGUUCACAGCACAGUCCUAUAUUUAGAUGUACAGUGAGGCUGACUCCUAGUAUAGCCUUCUCCAGCCUUGUGCCUUUUAAUGUGGUGGAUUACAGUCUCCAUCAUCCUCACACACGACAUAACAUGACCAAGUUGGUUGGAAGUGAUAGGAGUUGUAACACAUUUGGAGGGCACUAGAUUAGAGAAGGGUGCAGUAUGUUUAGGAUUUCAGCCUCAAGUCUUAUGAGAAUUUUCUCAUGCUCCCAUAGGCUAAUUUUCCUGACUCUUUAUAUAUGCAUUUCUUAUGUAUUACCUUUAAAUAAGAAAUGAAUGUAUGUGCAUUCUUACAGAUAGUGAGUUGUGGUUCUUAGCAUGUUAGCAGAAAGGUGUUUUUUUUUUUUUAAAAAAAAAAGACAUUCUGAAUUACAUGGAUUUCUACAUGCAGAAGUUUGUGUCACAAGCCACUAUUUUGAUUUGCAUGCUUUUCACAGACUUGCAUUUUCUUAUGUUACAGCUAUAAAUGGUGGGCUGUGUAAGGGAUUCCAUUCUGAACUCUGAUUCAAAUAUACUGAGUGACAGGGAUGAAGGAAAAGGUAAGGUUUUGGUAGGACAUUGUAAGGUUUGUUCACACUCAGGCUAUUCUGAUGCCUUUCUAUUGGUGGUUUCUUCAGAGGCAAUGUACUCAGUACAGCUGCACUGAAGUCCUGAAGAAGUGGAGAUGUGAUUUGCUGGUGGUUACUCUUUGCUUGAGGCUUUUUGCCUUCACUCAAAUUUUAAGACUCAUUUUUUAAGAAUCAUUAAUAAAUAAUUAAUAAUUUGUUUUAUUUAUAUACCGCUAUUCCAAAGAUCAUAGCGGUGAACAGCAAGUAAGCUAAUUAACAAGUAAUUAGCAUUCUGUAACAGUUCAGCACAAAGCAACAACAUAUCAUGCCAAGAGAUAGGUUUACUAAAUUGUCAAAACUCAAAAUGGGAAAAAGCAUUAGAACAGGGUUUUUUUUUAAUACGAACCCUAACAUUAAAUUCUGAUUCCAUAAAGAGUUUCCCAGCAUAAACCUUGGAAGCAAAACUUGUUGCAGAGUUACAUUGGAGGUGGAGUCCUCUUAGUUCUUUCAAAGUUUACAUGCAAAGACAAUAGCUCUAAAACUGCUGAACUGUGAAAGUGGUGUUUCAUAUUCACUUAGCACAGGCAUGAAUCUCAAGGUGUUUUGAGUAAAGGCUGGAAAAAAACCCCUUUGUUUUCUUUGUUGAGCGAAGUGAUGGAACUCCGUCUGUGGCAUCUCUCUAUGUAGCUGUCUAGCUUAUGACACAAAUCUGUUUUUAAUAUCAUCCAGCUUCCUAAAGUGUCUGAAGUUGUAUUUCAAAGGAGUGGUUUGCUUCUAAGUCCUUGGAUUUAAUUUCUGUGUAUAAGUUGAAGGAAACUGAAAAUCAGGUUGGGCCUUUAGCCCUGUAGGAGAAUAUUUUGGGUUCCCCUUUUCUUGAAUUGACAUGGGAAUCCUGGCUUACUACUUGGUGAUUCCAGUCAGAAAAACAGCCCACACUUCUAAGACAAAUGCAAUUCACACUAGAGUGCACACAAAACCUUGGCAUAAGACAAGAAAGUUCUUCCCAUUUUGUGGGCUGGUUGCUGUGGAAACGUACAACAAAGGGCAGCCUACCACUUCUGGUAUAAUUGUGUAGUCCCCUUUUCUCUAGGCCUGACACCUGUCUGAAUAAAGAGUGAUUAGAGCUGAAUAGUGUCCCUUGUCUGACAAUUGAAGAUGCGGUUCACGUACAGCAGCAACAACAACAAAAAGGAAAGUGAAGUAAAACGUCUAUGUUGUGUCUUUGUUUGCUACUACAUUUUGAAGUUUUGUAAAACUGCAUUUUUUUUCACAAUGUGAAACUGAAGGUCAAUAAAUUAUUAGAGAUUUUCUCUUCAA